AUGACAAGAUCAUCAUCAUGGCAUCGAAUGUCAAACUUCCUCAGAAAGUAUCGAAAGAUCCCUCACUCCUCCUUCAAAACGAAAUGGAACGAAACUCUAAAGCACAAACACGCGAUGGAACAACUAAAAACCGGUCUUGUCUCAAAUCCAACCUCGAGCUCCAACGUUAGCGUCAUACAAACACUCACAAACUCAUUCCACAUCCAUAACUGCGACCCCACGCCACAAGCCUACAGAUUCGUCAUCAAAACCCUAACCAAAGCCUCUAACCUCGAGAGCAUCGCCUCUGUUCUCAACCACCUAGAAACCUCGGAGAAGUUCGAAACGCCAGAAACGGUAUUCAAAGAUGUAAUCUUUGCUUAUGGGUUUUCCGGAAAGAUCGAUGAAGCGAUUGAUGUGUUCUUCAGAAUCCCGAAGUUCAGGUGUGUCCCUUCUGCUUACACGCUAAACGCUCUCCUCUCUGUUCUCGUGAGGAGGAGAGAGGGUCUUGUGAUGGUUCCUGAGGUUUUGGUGAAGGCUAGUGGAAUGGGUGUGAGGUUAGAGGAAUCUAGUUUCGAGAUAUUGGUUGAUGCGUUGUGUAAGAUCGGUGAGGUGGAUUGUGCUAGUGAGUUAGUUAAGUACAUGAGUGAUGAGAGUUAUAUCGUUGAUCCUAGUUUAUACUCUAAGUUGUUGAGUUCUGUCUGUAAACAUAAAGACUCUUCGUCCUUCGAUGUUAUUGGAUAUGUGGAAGAGCUGAGGAAGAUGCGUUUUUCGCCGGAUUUGCGUGAUUAUACAGUUGUAAUGAAGUUCUUGGUCCAAGGAGGAAGGGGGAAAGAAGUUGUGAGUGUGCUUAACCAGAUGAAGUGUGAUCGAAUAGAGCCUGAUCUCGUUUGUUACACGAUUAUAUUACAAGGAGUUAUUGCGGAUGGGGAUUACUCGAAAGCAGACAAGUUGUUUGAUGAGCUGCUCUUGUUAGGUUUGACUCCUGAUGUUUAUACUUAUAAUGUGUAUAUAAAUGGGUUAUGCAAGCAGGAUGAUAUCGAAGGCGCGAUUAAGAUGAUGUCUUGUAUGGAGAAGGUAGGUUGUGAGGCUAAUGUUGUUACGUACAAUAUAUUGUUAAAGGGGUUGGUGAAGGCUGGUGAUAUGAGUGGAGCGAAGACUCUUUGGGAAGAGAUGGAGAGGAAUGGGGUUGACCGGAACAGUCACACGUAUGAUAUUAUGGUUGGUGGGUUUAUUGAAGUAGAUGAUGUUGGUUAUGCUCAGGGUUUGUUAGAGGAGGCGUUUAGUAGGAACUUGGUUGUUAAGAGAUCAAGAACAGAGGAGGUUAUUUGCAGGUUAUGUGAUAAAGGUUUGAUGGAUGAAGCAGUGGAGCUUUUAGCACACUUGGUUUAAGUUUUUUUUUAUAGAUGUAGACCAACUCUAUUAUACCUGCUAUUUUUAUGUAUUUGUUCUUGUGGAUGACAGUUAGAAAGUGAUCAGACUUUCAAAGCAGAAGAGAAAUCUUACAAAUGUAUGUAUUGGUUUCUUCAAAGGUUUAAUACAAAUUGUG